AUGAUUAAUGAAUCAAAUUUUAAUGAUUAUAAUUUACCAAAUUUAACCAAUACAACAUCACAAGAUUUUAAUUCAUAUGAUUUAAUUACAUCUUAUUCUGAUAGUUGGCAAUCAAUAUCAAAUAUUUCAACUAAAAUUAAUUGUUUUGUUUUUCGUAGACAUCCAAAUCUUGUUAGAGAUAUUAAAAAUUAUUUUUAUGAUGAAAUGAUUACUUAUAGUGUUAAACUUUCAUUUAGAUUACCAUUUAGCAAGACUGAUAUAGCUAAAACAGAAGAAUUAAUAAAUCGUUUCUUUAUUGAACAUGAAGAAACUAUAAGAUUUAUGUUUACUUACUUUUUUGAUGAUAUAAAACCAAUAUUACUUAAUAAUUAUUAUUUAUAUUCAAUAUCAGAUCUUCGUAUAAUCAAUUCAAUUUUAAAUUGUGGGUUAAUAUGUAUUAUAUUUUAUGCAUAUCUUUCAACAGGAUCUUAUAGAAUAAAAAUUUUUAAUUCUAUUUAA